AACUAGAGAAGAACGAAAAAUUUUUCCUUGCAGGCAAAAUAUCUGAAAAAUUGAAAGAUAUUUUAACUGAUAAAAACGUCGUUAGUCAUCUUCGCAAAAGUGAAGCUAGUGGAGUAACGUCAGGCAGAAUAUAUAAAACGCUGCAAAGAAACGGAGUAAUUGGAGAAAAUGACAUAACUCUGCAGUUCAAUACCGACGCUGGACUUUGGGUUGGUGACGGUUCACCUCGAAUGGAUGUGUAUUUCAAGCCCUUUAUAAAAGAGAUAACACAAUUACACGAAGAGGGAAUUAUGUGUCCUAUUCUUGAAAAGGGAAAUGUCAACAUCAAAGUUCAUACUUUGAUCGCAAUUCUUGACUCCACUGCUAGACCGAAGAUACAGGAAUUUAACCAAUUCAAUGGCGAGGGUGGAUGUCCAUUUUGUCUCAAUCUCGGAGAGACAAUGGAAAAAGGACGUGGCUACAUUCGCAUUUACCGGCCAUUUAUUGGGACUCUUCGAACUUCCCAGCAAGUGUUGAUUGACGCAGAAAAUGCUAUUAAUCAAAAUGAAUCUGUCAAUGGAGUAAAAGGAUUUUCCCCAUUAUCAAUAGUGCCUAUUUUUGAUGUUGUUCGGUCAUAUGUUCCGGACUACAUGCAUGCCAAUCUUUUAGGAACAAUACGAACCUUUUGCGAAAUAUGGUUUAAUAGUACUUAUCAUAAUCGACCGUGGUAUAUUGGUAACAAAAGAAAUCAAGUAAACCAACGGCUUUUAUCAAUAAAACCACCUACGGAAAUACGACGCACACCUUCGAGCAUAGAAAAGCGAGCUUUAUGGAAAGCUACGGACUGGCGAAAUUUCGGGAUGUACUACUCAUUAGUAGUUUUACGCGGUAUAUUGCCAACUAAAUACUAUGAGCAUUGGUUUUUGUUAGUCUUCACUUUGCGUUUACUAUUAAAAGAGAACGUAACUAAAACUGAUAUUGACGAAGCUAAGUUAAGUAUUCACAAAUUUGUGGAACUAACGGAAACUUUAUAUGGGCCAGAAUUUUUGUUAUUUAAUUUGCACCUCCAUUUACAUAUGCCAAGAUGUGUUAAAGAUUGGGGUGCACUGUGGGAUAGUUCGGCAUUUAUGUAUGAACAUGGCAAUGGCAUUCUAGUGCAACUUUUCCAUGGUACAGGAUCUGUCAUAUCUCAAAUUUUUAAGCGUUAUGAACUCACAAAUUUCCUUCAAAAAACAGGUCCAACUGUUUUUAGUGCGAACACAUUUACUCCAGCAAUUGAUCUGUUUGGACAGCUCGUUGGAGAGGAAUAUUUUGUUCAAAAUGCGAUAAGAGAAAACGAAGAUUUGGUUCUAUUUGGUAGUAGUAACGAGUUUGUUCUGACCCAAGAAACUUCACUGUUAAUUGAGAACUUAUUGGGGUAUAAUUUUAUUAAUCAAAAUAACAAAAUUCAGGUUUCUAGUUUCAAAAGAUUUAUCUGGAAACAUACAAUGUUUCACUCUACAUCGUACGCGCGAUUAACUAAAAGACUGAAUUCCAUUGUAAAAUUAUCAAAUGAAAAAAUACUCCAAAUUGAUCAUUUAUUGCGUAUUCGCAUUAAUGAAGAAAAAUAUUUUGUUCUCAUUGGUCAACAGCUAAUACUGAAUACUGGUGUAAUAGUGGCCAAUUACUCACCAUUAAAAAUAUCCAGCUCUAAGUUUUUAAAUGUAGUAAAAAUAAGUAAUGGCCGCGUUUUUUGUUGUAUGGUUAAUGAUAUAUAUGAAAAAUGUCUUUGCAUGAAUAUCAAUGGUAUAACGUAUGUAAGCACAUUAAUUAAUAAAUCAGAAAAAGAUUAGAAUUAAUAGAUUUUUUUUAGAUAUUUUUAUACAAAUAAGGCUCAUUGAAUAAAUAUGUAUCAAAGACAUGUACAAAUAAAAUAUAUAUUCAGUUAUGCACG